AUGGAUACCAAGGCCAAUGUGGAUCAAUUAGGGGUCGUUGAAAAUAUUUCUUGCAACAAAUUGGAUAAGAAUUCUUCUGUUGACAUCAUUCCUCCCUCUUCUCCAUCAUCAAUGCUUGAUAAUAAUGGUGGGUUUGCUCCAAGUCCCAUAACCCCAGAUUCUAAUAAAGAAAGUGCAGACUUGAUGUCUGCUUUUACAUCUCCAUUAACAAUAGUAUCCUCACCUCCCGCCACAUACCACAGUGGUGGUGAUAGUGAUAUGAAUGAAGAAGAUGACAGCCCCUGUACCCCAAAAGAGGGUGUAUUUGACCCAUUUGCCCCUGGUCCCGACAAGCUCAUGAAUGCUCCUCUUUCCAUGAAACAUGUUGAAGAAUCACAGAGUUAUGUUGCAAGGAGGCUUAAUUUUAAUUCUCAAAUGACAAAAAAAGAUUGUGAAAAUGAAAAACGUGAAUCUGUUUCUGAAAGUUCUUUUGAGGAUAAACAGUUGUUGGAAGCUGUUUAUGAUUCCCUAUUGGAAGCCAUUAUUUCUAAGCAGUCAGAGGAUAUUCUUGCUGAGAUGACAGCUGCAGCUUACUCAAGUUGUGAUGGACUGGAAACACCUCCUUCUGCUCCACGUGUCACUGGUAUUGCUGACACGUGUCCUGGUGCUCCUAUGAAGGCUGUGAAGAAAUCAAGAAACAUUGACCUCAGUUUGUGCAGGAGGCUUGAUUUUGACUUUUGA